AUGCAGCUUUACAGCAGCGUCUGCACCCACUACCCAGCCGGGGCACCGGGUCCCACGGCCGCCGGCCCCGCUGCUCCCGCCGCCGCCUCCCCCUUCAAGGUCUCCCUGCAGUCGCCGGGACCCACCAGCAGUGCGCCGGAGCCCGAGACCGGCGAGUGCCAGCCCGCCGCGGCUGCUGAGCCCAGAGAAGCCGCCGCCAAGAUGCCCGCUUUCUCCUCCUGUUUCGAGAUGGUGUCCGGGGCCGCCGCCCCCGCCACGGCCGCCGCCACCACCCCGGCCGGCGGGUCCUGCAAGCCGCCGCUGCCGCCGCACUACACGUCCACGGCGCAGAUCACCGUGCGGGCCCUCGGCGCCGACCGGCUCCUCCUGCACGGGCCCGAGGCCGCCGCCGCCGCGCCCGCCGCGCCGGGGCUGCUCCACCUGGCUCCCGGGGAAACCGCCGAGGCCCGACGGGCCCGGGGCCACCGCUGCCUCCUGCUGGCCCCGACGCCCGGCGCCCCGCUCCCGCCGCGCCGGGGCUCCUCCGCCUGGCUGCUGGAGGAGCUGCUGAGGCCCGACGGCCCCGAACCCGCGGGCCAGGACGGGCCCGAGCGAAACUUCCGACUCAGCGAGCACCGCCAGGCCCUGGCCACCGCCAAGCCCCGAGGCCCCCCGCCGCCGCCCGGAAGCCCCGAGCCGCGCCCCGGCUCGUGGAGCGAGGAGCUCCCGGCCGAGCGGAGCCCCCGGAGCUGGGAGCGGGGCGACCUCGCGGACGCGGCCGAGGCGCGGCGGCCCGACCCGGAGGCAGAGGCGCCCGCCGCGAGGAGUGGGGAGGUGGCUGCGAGCAGCGCGCCGGAGGCGGGGGUCGUCCCCAGGGCGGACCCCAGAGACGAGAAACUGGCUCUGUACCUGGCGGAGGUCGAGAAGCAGGACAAGUACCUGCGGCAGAGGAAUAAGUACCGCUUUCACAUCAUUCCCGAUGGCAACUGCCUCUACCGGGCGGUCAGCAAGGCCGUGUACGCCGACCAGAGCCUGCACCGGGAGCUGCGGGAGCAGACCGUGCACUACAUCGCCGACCACCUCGACCACUUCAGCCCCCUGAUAGAGGGGGACGUGGGGGAGUUCAUCAUCGCUGCCGCUCAAGACGGAGCGUGGGCCGGGUACCCGGAAUUGCUGGCAAUGGGGCAGAUGCUGAAUGUGAAUAUCCACCUAACGACCGGAGGGCGCCUGGAGAGCCCCACCGUGUCCACCAUGAUCCACUAUCUGGGCCCCGAGGAUUCCCUCAGGCCUAGCAUUUGGCUCAGUUGGCUCAGUAACGGACACUACGACGCGGUGUUUGAUCACUCCUACCCGAACCCUGAAUAUGACAAUUGGUGCAAACAGACUCAAGUGCAAAGAAAACGCGACGAGGAGCUUGCCAAAUCCAUGGCCAUAUCCCUCUCCAAAAUGUAUAUCGAACAAAAUGCAUGCUCUUGA